GAGCAGCAGUGCACACAGCGACCCGAGCUCCGUUGAGGUGCCAGAGGAGAGGCGCUUUCUCAGGUCAGCAGGCGACAGGGGUCUUCGGCCAGGGUUGCAAACUGGAGGCAGAAGAAUGAUAGGGGUGGGACCUAGGGUCUGCCAGGGGCUUGCAGGUGCAUCAGAAGCUGCGUUGCCAGGGAAACAUUCCAGGCAAGCCAGCUCUCAUAGUUACCCAUCAGGUCCUCGCUGUCGGAGAGGGCUGUGGUUUGUGAUGCCAUGAGGAACUUGGAGUCGCAGGGAGCCACAGAAGGCUCAGAGUUUGCUGUUCCCAAAGCUCCUGGCUGGGUAGAGGUGUUGGGGGAGAGCGUGUGGGGUUCCCUAGAAAGGGUUCCUUGCCUUUCCAGAAGUCAUUUGGAAUUGUCCGUUCCCUUCAACACUGGGCCUGAAGAGAGAUCCCAGCCUUGCUGCCCCAUCCUAGAAGCCCCAUCUGGCAGAUGGGCUGGCCUGCUGCUCCCUCCAGCUCUCAUCUGCUCUGUCCAUCAGGCACCGCGGAGGCGGCCGCCCUGGAGCGGGAGCUGCUGGACGAGUACCGCUUUGGGCGGCAGCAGCUGGUGGAGCUAUGCGGGCACGCCAGUGCCAUGGCUGUGACCAAGGCGUUCCCCUUGCCGUCGCUGUCGCGCAAGCAGAGGACAGUGCUGGUCGUGUGCGGGCCGGAGGAGAACGGCGCGGUGGGGCUGGCAUGUGCCCGGCACUUGCGGGUGUUCGACUACCAGCCCAGCAUCUUCUGCCCCGCGCGAUCGGCAGACGCGCUGCACCGCGACCUGACCACGCAGUGCGAGAAGAUGGACAUCCCCUUCCUGUCCUUCCUGCCCGCCGAGGUGCGGCUCGUCGAUGACGCCUACGGGCUGGUGGUGGACGCGGUGCUCGGCCCCGGAGUGCGGCCGGCGGAGGCGGGCGAGCCCUGCGCGCGCGCGCUGGCCACGCUUAAGCGGCUCUCCAUCCCGCUCGUGAGCCUGGACGUCCCCUCAGGCUGGGACGAGGCCGGCGGCGACGCGGAGGACGCGCUGCGGCCCGACGUGCUGGUGUCCUUCGCCGCGCCCAAGCGCUGCGCCGGCCGCUUCGCCGGGCGCCACCACUUCGUGGCCGGCAGGUUCGUGCCCGAAGACGUGCGGCGCAAGUUUGGCCUGGCCCUGCCGAUCUACGCCGGCACCGACUGCGUGGCCGCGCUGUGAGCGCCCGCCCGGAAUAAACGUCUGCAG